ACCCAUUCUGGGUGAACAUACCUCGAGAUUUCUGGCACAGAGUUCGAGUUCUUAGAACGAGAAGACGCGAUAACGGUCCGUCUUCUUAGAAUCUCGGGCACAUUGGUACAUUGCAGACUUAAUUAAUUUAUCUAAAAUAGCGGACCUGAACAUCCGAUCGUCAUGACUGUCGUUGGCUGCAACAAGUGUGUCAAAUUCAUGCUCUUUUUCUUUAAUUUCGUUUUCUGGUUGGCUGGAGGUGUGAUCUUGGGAGUGGCUCUAUGGCUUCGUCAUGACAACCAGACCAGCAGUCUCCUCAUGCAGCAGUUUGAAGGCCAGCAGGCUCCAAACACCUUCUAUACCAGCGUGUACAUCCUGAUUGCUGUGGGAGCUGUGAUGAUGAUUGUAGGGUUCCUUGGUUGCUAUGGUGCCAUCCAGGAAUCUCAGUGCCUCCUUGGAACGUUCUUCUUCCUGUUGGUGUGCCUCUUCGCCUGUGAGGUGGCUGCUGGGAUCUGGGGAUUUAGUAACCGUGACACAAUCUCCAAGGAGAUGAUAAACUUCUAUGACGCGGCGUACAUCAAGUCAGUGGACGUUGUAGACUCUUCCAGCAAAACAGCUGCUAUCAAAGUCCUAGAAGUGUUCCACGAGACGCUGGACUGCUGCGGUAAAGGAGACGACUCCCCCUUAUUCAAACAAGUAGCCGGAGCUCUGUGUCCCAAGAAGACCCAGGACGAUGCCUUGUUGAAACCCCAGAGCUGUCAUCUGAAGCUGAAGGACCUCUUCUCCGAGAAGCUCUGCCUGAUUGGUCUAGCUGCCCUGGUGGUCGCUGUCAUCAUGAUCUUUGAGAUGAUAUUCACCAUGGUUCUCUGCUGUGCGAUCCGCAAUGCCACCCCAGUGUACUAGAACCAUAGAACGACGGAACCAUGGAAUCAUAGAACCACAGAACCAUAUUGGAGGGGAAAGUCCUCUACAGAUCAAAGCCAACAAAGGGGAUGCAAAUGUUAUGUUAUGUUUUGUUUAGUUCCUGUUAUGUUUUGUGUUGUACUUCCUGUUAUGUUUUGUGUUGUAGUUCCUGUUAUGUUUUGUGUUGUAGUUCCUGUUAUGUUUUGUGUUGUAGUUCCUGUUAUGUUUUGUGUUGUAGUUCCUGUUAUGUUUUGUGUUGUAGUUCCUGUUAUGUUUUGUGUUGUAGUUUCUGUUAUGUUUUGUGUUGUACUU